AUGCAAAUGAGUUAGCCGGGAUUCCCUUCCCUGCUGUCCACAAGGAGAGGCAGAGGGAGGGAGGCAUUCCUCCUCUUCCUCCUGAUGGUCAAGAAGCCAGCCAGUCCUUCUUGGCACAAACAUGGCAAGCAUUCAAGACCUGCCUGAAGACAUCUUGCUGAUCGUGCUGCGCCAGCUCCCGAUACGCGAGCUGAUCUGGAACUGCCGGCCGGUUUGCUCACGGUGGCGAGACAUCGUGGACACUUCUCUUCUGUGGAGGUUCAAGUACCAGGAGGAGGACGCCAACCUGAAGAUGCCCAAGACAUUCUACAUUUUCUGCCACCUGGAGAAGAACUUAAUCAAGAAUCCUUGUGGCGAAGAAGGAUUAGACUUCUGGGACACCGCAAUGCCUUCAGACGGGCAGUGGAAAAUUAAGGACGUCCCCGAACAAGAUUCAUCGAAGCUCCAGGCCUGGGACUUUCUUCAGAGGAACAUUUAUAUAAAAGAUCAAGACAUACCCUAUCAAGAAGUUAAAAAAUGUUUCGCUGUAUAUAAUGGGCUCUGCACAAAGUCUCAGCUCAUCAGUUUGAGGGAUGAAGGUUACUGGGAUCAGCUGAUGGAUGAUGGGAGACCCACAAUUGUGGUGAAGGACUGGUUUUACAGCAGCUUCAACAGCCACUACGAGUUGUGUGUGAAGCUGUUGUCUGCCGAUUUCAAGGUCAUCAGAGAGUAUCACUCCAAAGACAAGUACAAAUACGAUUCCGAGUACAGCGACGAAUGGCGGCAGGUCUCACAUGCUUUCCACAAUGUCCCUCCUGGAAUCCGCCACAUCUUCUUUCAGCACCAAGGCCAGAAUUUUAAUUGGCAGCAAUCCAGAUGUGGCGCCAAACUAAUGAAAUGCUUGAAGAUGGCCACACAGAGGAGCAAAUCAAAAAGAAUGAGGAUUACCAAAACUAGCAUCACCAUCGGACCAUUUUCUCUAGACAAGGCCUUGUACAACAGACACGGCCGAGACAUUAGACACUGUCACUUCAGCAAAUGCCCCUGCCGUGGGAACUAUAUUCAUUUGUGAAUUUUGCCUGCUUGGUCUAGGCAAAGUGUAGAUGGGGUGUCUGCCACUGACCAGUUUCAAAUGUUUUCUGCUCUUCGUAAGUUGUGUAAGUUUGGUACAAGCUUCAGAUAGAGCAGAUGCAAAAAAAAAAAAAUAAUAAUCUUGUUCUUGCAACUCUUUUUCUCCCCCAGAAGAUAAACAGAAGUAUUGGAACUGGAAACAGGG